AUGAAGCAUUUGGGUGAGAGCAAACACACAAAUUCUCUCUCUCUCUCGUGCGCCAAGCCUAACAACGCCGCCGUCAAGAAGAAGACUCGUCGUCGUCGCCACCUUGAAGAAGAAGAUCCUCCGUCUUCACCGCCGUCGUGGCUGCAGAUCCAGUCACCGGGGAGAAUACGCAGUGACACCGCCGCGGUUGUUCAACGCAACCCGGGAAGAAGACCCAGCGCUGCCGCGAGGCAGAAGACGCAGCUACUUCGCCGCCGUAAACUACCAGUCGCCGCGCAAUCAACGAAGCCCUCCCUUUUGUUAGUCGUGUUCAGAGGGUACAAGACAAUGAGUGGUGUACAACUGCAAAGUUCUUCCCCUGCUUUGGCUAUACAAGGGUCGCAGAAAAAUGAAAGUUCAGUGACCGGGGCAACUGGUGCAGAGACAAAGCCAAAGAAGAAAAUCUGCUGUGCUUGCCCAGACACUAAAAAGUUGCGAGAUGAGUGCAUAGUAGAGCACGGUGAAGCAGCUUGUGCAAAAUGGAUUGAGGCUCAUCGACUGUGCCUCCGUGCUGAGGGUUUCAAUGUUUGA